CCUGUCCUUCUGUACCCGUUUCUGGAUCAGGAGGCCUGGCUGCCAUCUGCAUCCCCUCUCUCCGCUGCCGAAUGAGCUGCACUCAAGGAUUUCCAGGAUUUCCCCAAACCAGGAUUGCCAAGGCCUGGGAGGCUGCGAGGAAGAGGAAGAUGCCCCAGGACACUAAAGCAGAGCAGGAUCUGAGCAUGGAGAGCAGGGAGGACAAAUGCCCGCGGCAGAACCUGGUGGAAGAGGCCGUUUUGAGCGGCUCCACAGCGCAGGAAGUCAACAGCGAGGAAAAGCCCCGGAGAUGCCGCACGAGGAGAGGCUGCAAACGCAGCCGGCGGGGAUCUGAGGGGGAAAGAGCCAGCCUGGGCUGGGAAGGCGGCCAGAGAUGGAGCCAGAGCUCGGAGCUGGUGCUCCGUGAGCAGCUCCGUGAUGGGGAGAAGCCCCACACGUGCGAGGAGUGUGGGAAGAGCUUCAGGUGGAACUGCCACCUGAUUGUGCACCAGAGGAUCCACACUGGGGAACGGCCCUACGAGUGUGGGGAGUGUGGGAAGACCUUCAACCGGAGCUACCACUUGAUCAUACAUCAGAGGACCCACACUGGAGAGAAGCCGUAUGAGUGUGGGGAGUGUGGGAAGAGCUUCAGAGAGAGCUCCAACUUGAUCACGCACCAGAGGACCCACUCUGGGGAGCGGCCCUACGAGUGUGGGGAGUGUGGGAAGAGCUUCAGGUGGAACUCCGACCUGAUUGUGCACCAGAGGAUCCACACUGGGGAGAAGCCGUAUGAGUGUGGGGAGUGUGGGAAGAGCUUCAGCCAGAGCCCCAACCUGAUCAGGCACCUGAGGACCCACACUGGAGAAAGGCCGUACAAGUGUUCCGAGUGUGAGAUGUGCUUCGGAGAGAACUCCAGCCUGAUGAAGCACCAGAUGACCCACACUUGGGAGAGACCCUGUGAGUGUUCCAAGUGUGGGAAGAGGUUUAAGACCGGCUCCCGUCUCCUCCGGCACUAUCUGAGUCACACGGAGGAGAGGCCCUUCCAAUGCCCUGACUGCGGGAAGGGAUUCAAAGAGAACUCCAAACUUGUCACCCACCAGCGCACCCACACUGGGGUGAGGCCCUACAAGUGUUCCAAGUGCGGGAAGAGGUUUAAGACCAGCACCCAUCUCUUCCGGCACUAUCGGAUUCACAGAGAGGAGAGGCCCUUCCAAUGCCCCGACUGUGGGAAGGGAUUCAAGGAUAACUCCACCCUCAUCACCCACCGGCGCAUCCACACAGGGGAGAGGCCCUACGAGUGUUCCAAGUGCGGGAAGAGGUUUCAGACCAGCUCCGGUCUCAUCCGUCACUAUCGGAUUCACACAGAGGAGAGGCCCUUCCAAUGCCCCGACUGCGGGAAGGGAUUCAAGAACAACUCCCACCUCAUCAUCCACCGGCGCAUCCACACUGGGGAGAGGCCCUACGAGUGUCCCCAGUGUGGGAAGAGCUUCUCCAGGAGCUCUCACUUGACCCAACACCAGCAGAGGCACCACUAAGGGAAGCCCUGUGAGUGCCCCGAGUGUGGGCAGAGCUUCGUGCACUGCUCCAGCUCCAUCCCCCACUGGAGGAGGCACUUUGGGCACAGCCCUGGUCACUCACAUUCCCUGUGAUCCAUGUUGGGAACACACCUGGCUGCUUCUCCUUUUGGUUUGGCCUUAAUUUUCCUCUGCUUCACCUUCAUCCUUUAAAAACACCCAAAACUGGGUUAAAUGAAGGAAAUUGAUCAAAUGUUUCUGACAUUCCAUAAUUUCUCAGUUGGUUUAGAUGGUAUUUAGGAUUUGGAGACAUGUUCUGUGUGGAGUGCUGCUGUUCCUAAGAGGCAGGAAUUUGAUCUCACCCUUCUUGUGUUGCUAAGAACUCCUCCCCUGACCCAAACCCCAACUCCACCCUUGGGAUACCCUAUAAAAACUCCACGGCUCUGCCUUUGCCUUGUCUUUGGGGGGUAAGAAAUGGAUUCCCAAAGGAUCAGCCCUUUUCCCACUGGAUUCCCAAAAUUUCAGCUUUUCCCACUGGAUUCCCAGAGGAUAAAUAUUCUCCCACUGGAUUCCCAAAGAAUCAGCCCUUUCCCAGUGGAUUCUUAAAAUUUCAGCUUUUCCCACUGGAUUCACAAAUAAUCAACCUUUUUUCCAGUGUAUUUCCAGACGAUAAAUAUUUUCCCACUGUAUUCCCAGAGGAUCAGUCGUUUUCUCACUGGAUUCCAAAGGAUCAGCCUCAUUCUCUACUGGAUUCCUAGAGGAUCAAGCUUUUCCCACUGGAUUCCCAAAGGAUCAACCUUUUUUUCCAAUGGAUUCCCAGAUGAUCAACUGUUUCCCACUGGAUUCCUAGAGGAUAAAUCUUUUCCCACUGGAUUCCAAGAGGAUCAACCUUUUUCAUGGAUUCCCAGAGUAUUUUGACUCUGUGUGGUGAUUUGACGGGAAAUAGGUUGUCUAGGAUGUUGUGGUCAAACCAAUGGGUGCUCAGAUUUUAAUAUUGGCACCUGGUUUGGCCCCUGGGACAUUAGAUCCGCCUCCGAGAACACAAGAGUUUAAAGCAGAGCUCUCCCCUGGGCAGCUCUCUUUGGAUUUCCGAUGGGAAAAGGGUUUGGAUCUCUCAGUGGCAGGGGGAGGGGAAGCCACACGGCCCUGAGGUGGCCGGGCCUGGGACAGAGAUGGGAGGUAGGCCCAGCCCAAGGGUGGAAGAAUGGAAGAAGUACUGAGAGGUAUUUCCUGCCCCCCUCCCCCUCGGAGAGAUGAAGGGAGAGAGAGAGAGAGAGACAGAGAGAGCCAGAGAGAGCUCUGCCAGGGACUGUUAUCUUGAAAUUUGAUAUCGUGUGUUGCCAGCACAGCCUGCCCGUGUGUCUGGCUGCUUGCAGGAGCUUUUAACCCCUUUGUGGACAAUGAAAACAUUGCAGAGCAUUGACCUUUCCUGGAGGGGAGAUGGAGUGGAAGAUGAAGACGGAACUAAGCAAGUGUUGAAGGUCUGAGCAAGGGAGAGAUAUGAAAAGAAUAGAGAAGAACUCGGGUGGAAGAGAUGAUGGAGUGGCUGCUUUGCUGGAGUCUUUUUGUAUAGCCAUGGACAGAACCAUGUUUCCUUGUGAUAUAGAGACUGUAUCCGGGGGGGGCAAUGCCCUGGAACCAAGAGGGUUCAGUGUUGGUGCCCCUCGGCCCCAGGGGGAAUAAUUUGGGAGGGGCAGGUGUCCCAAAGGAGAGACUGUGCCCUUUUUGGAAUGGGACAAGGCAUCCUUAAAAGAUGACCCUGGAAGCAGCUCUGGUCCGUGUUCAGUGGUGAGAGCACUGGACAUGAAAGGAAGAGGUCACCAUGGCACAAGAAGGACUCCUCUCCUCUUGAUGAACUGAAGAUUGAUUGUUUGAAGGGUGGUGCUGGACCGAGAGUUGGUGAUUUGGGGAAUGUAUUGUAUUGUAUUGGAGAGUUGGUGGGGAGGAGGGGGAGAUGUAUUUGUGAAAUUUUCAUUUUCCUUGUGUGUUUUUUUUUUCCCCUUGUAGUUUAGUUAAUAAAUUCUUCUUUAUUUCUAAGUGGGAGCCUGCUUUGCUUAUUCCUGGUCACAUCUCACAGUAGAAACCAGGGAGAGGGUAUUUUCAUGGCGGCACUGGCAUUAUGCCAGUGUCAAACCAUGACACUCUGUCACUGUUGUUUUUGUUUGUGCUACUGCAUUUGUAUUUUUAAUUUUUCCUAAUAAAGAACUGUUAUUUCUACUCCCA